AUGCCAGAGAAGCCGCUCACCGUCGCUACCUAUGCGGCCGGCGCAUCUCUGGCGGCCAUCACGCUGGUCUACGUCUUUGCCCCGACCUACUUCAUCGACAGCGACUCGAAUUCUGCCCGGAAGAAGGGCGUUGUCGGCCUGAGCAAUCCUGCCAACGAUUGUUUCAUCAACUCCGUUCUGCAGGCGCUCGCCGGCCUGACCGACCUCCGCGUCUACCUGAUUCGCGAAACGCACCGGAGACAUAUCGACGAGCGCUGGGUCUAUCACGAGCCCGUGUCGGAUCCGCAUCGCAAGGAUGACCCCACAUGGAAGAUUGAGGGUCUUCAGACUGGCAUUGUUACCGAAGGCCUCAAGGCAAUUCUCGACGCCCUGAACGAGCGGCCCAUUUACAAGAAGACCAUUUCCGCCACCAAUUUCGUCAAGGUGCUCGAGGUUGCCUUUAAGCAGCGCAUCAGCAGGCAACAGCAGGAUGCUCAAGAAUUUCUUCAAGUCGUUGCCGAGAGGCUAUGUGAUGAAUACCACGCUGGUAAAAGGGCGAGACAGCAUGCUCGGCGGAAAGGUGAAGCCGGAUUAGAAGCUGGCGCAGCUGCCCCGAUAGACACCACAGCAGUGGACAAGCGACUUGCAAGCCUCAAACUAGGCAAGGAUUUCGAUAAGGGCGAAGCUACUCAGGAUUCCGAGCCGACGUUAUCCAGGGCACAGACCGAGGACGACGCAGAAUUGGAACUCGAGGACGAGGAGGGCUUCCCCAUGGAAGGCAAAUACGAAAGUCAGGUCGAGUGCCAGACAUGUCACUUCAAGCCCCGGCCGACUGAGAGCACAUUCUGUACCCUCACGCUGAGCGUUCCACAAGCAAGUUCCACUUCGUUGAAUGCCUGCUUGGAUGGCCAGUUCAAGACGGAGUACAUUGAUGAUUUCAAAUGUGAAAAAUGCCGCCUGAUUCAUGCCAAGGAGAUAUUACAGGCCGAGCUGGCAAGCUCUACAUCGGAAGACUUCAAAGCAAAAGCGACAGAGGACAUCGAGAAACUCCAGCACGCGAUUGACACGAAUCCCGAGGAGCCACCAGCAGAUGUAGUACUGCCAGACACUAAAUUCGCGCCGAAGCGCAGAAUCGCAAGACACACCCGUUUAACCAGCUUUCCCAAGGUUCUGGCCAUCCAUUUGUCACGUUCCAUCUACGAUGCUAGUAUGUCGACCAAGAACUCAGCCAAAGUGUCGUUCCCUGAGUUGCUACCAAUGGGUGGGCUUCGGAAUCAGAAAAGGUACAAACUUCUAGCGACGGUCACACAUAAAGGCAACCACCAUAGUGGGCAUUAUGAGUCGUUUCGCCGGCAAAAUCUAGCUAUGCCCUUCUUGACACCGCACCCCUUUCAACAAUCGGUUGCAUUUGCCAAAUCCGCACAGCCAAGCCCUGCACCGUCGCCCGCAGCUGUAACUCCUCAAGUACGCGCUCUACCGAAACCUAUUGAGGGCAGUCCUGCAACGUCGACGCCUGACCUUUUGUCCCCAAAUUCGGGAUCUGGGUCGCCCAAUCCGUCGCUCGUCGAUCUUCCCCAACCAUCUGUCGAUAACAUCCCUCGCUCAUCACCCAGCACCAAUGGACGCUCCUCGUCGCAUCACACCCCUGCAAGCGGUUCCAAAGAGCGUGAUUCGGAUAAUGUCAGCUUGAAAUCUGUUGCCGCAUCGGCCAAGUCAACUCUGUCCAGAAUAUCGCUAUCGGCAAGAAAUAGUCGCUCGGGAAGCCCUGCUGGCAAACGCUCUACCAAUGGCACGGUAAACCUACCGAAUGGAAUACCCGUUGUAUCUGCCACGGGUGAGAUUUCCGAGGGUCCUCCCCGACCGCGCAAGAGACGACAGCCAGAGCGAUGGUGGCGCAUCAGCGAUGAAAAGGUCAAGGAAGCCAAGACGAGCGAUGUUCUCGGAAUGCAGAGGGAAGUUUAUCUCUUGUUCUAUGAGCUGGAGGGGCGUGCCGAUCCAGCAUCAAGCGAAUCUUAG